UGUCUCUCUACUUUCACAACCUGUGUACUGAGAGAAAGCACAGUUGUAACUCUCAAUCAACAUGACCUCUGUCAAAGACAUUCAAGUCUUAGUACCAGCUCUACUGAUCUGGACCUACUUUGACAUUUGCUUCUCUCAGAAUGAAAACGUCACUACAGAGUCCACUGAAUACACUGAUUACCCCACGGACAAGAAUGACUUGGAUUAUGACCAUUGGUCCCAGCAAUGCCUGAAGGAAUCCAACCGCCACUUCCGCUCCUGGUUCAUGCCCACCUUCUACUCCCUCAUCUGUUUCCUCGGUCUGGUCGGUAACAUCCUGGUAAUCGGUACCUACGUCUACUUCAACCGACUGAAGACUGGGACCGAUGUGUUCCUGCUCAGCCUGUCCGUUGCCGACCUGCUGUUUGCCGUGUCGUUGCCCCUCUGGGCGACCAACUCCAUGACGGAAUGGGUGCUGGGGCUGUUCAUCUGCAAGGCCAUGCACACCAUCUAUAAGGUCAGCUUCUACAGCGGCAUGUUCCUACUCACCUCCAUCAGCGUGGACAGGUACUUCGCCAUCUCCAAGGCCGUCUCUGCCCACCGCCACCGCUCCACGGCAGUGUUCAUCAGCAAGGUGACCUCUGUGGCCAUCUGGGUGACGGCGCUGGUCUUCUCCAUGCCCGAGAUGUCCUACACCACCAUCAGCAACAAGACCUGCACCCCCUACGCCGCCGGCUCAGACCAGGUGCGCGUGGGCAUCCAGGUGAGCCAGAUGGUCCUGGGGUUCGUUCUGCCGCUCCUAAUCAUGGCCUUCUGUUACGGUGCCAUUGUGAAGACCCUGUGCCAGGCCCGGAGCUUCGAGAAGAACAAGGCCAUCAAGGUGAUCUUGGCUGUGGUGGCGGUCUUCCUGCUCUGCCAGGUGCCCUAUAAUGUGGUACUGCUGCUGACCACUCUCGCCGCGGUCAAUGGGGGCAGCGACGACUGCACCUACGACAACAGCCUCCUCUACGCCUCUGACAUCACCCAGUUCCUGGCUUUCCUGAGGUGCAGCCUCAACCCCUUUGUAUACGCGUUCAUCGGGGUGAAGUUCCGCCGCGACCUCCUGAAGCUGCUGAAGGAUCUGGGCUGUUUGAGCCAGGAGAGAUUCUUCCAGUACACCUGCGGCAAGAGGAGGAGCUCAGCGGCCGCCAUGGAAACCGAGACCACAACCACUUUCUCCCCCUAAAGCUGCCAAUGCUGCCUAAUCUGUCAGCCUUUUCAACAUGGACAAGACCUUUUACCUAUGUUUAUUUCAGAUUAUUUUUAAAAUGUUUGCUUGUAAGUGUUCUAUAGGUCACUGAAAAGGUCUAAAUGACAUAUAUGUUUGAUGUAGACAGAGAGCCUGCAUCGAGAACAUCAUGAGAGUGUGCCUUGGUCUCCCCCCUCAGAACCACAUGCACCUGGAGCACAAGCUGCAGAGGGGCUUCCUGCCUCGCCACGACAACCGUAUUUACAAAGAUGUGGCUACCAAGACCAAGAUGGUCCUAAGCAACGGUUACCACGCCUCCCAACAGAAUGGUGUCUGCGCACAUGUGGUGAAAGAGGCAACGAUUGGAUAAUGGCUGCAGAUUAGGUCUCUGUCAUCACAGGGAAGAUUCUAGAAGUGUCCACAGCCAUAGAGAAACAAUUACAUCCAUAGUUUAGUUUACUAACUGUAAGUCGCUCUGGAUAAAUGUCUGAAAUGUAAAUGUAAAUGUAUCAGGCAGCUUACUUGUCGUCACCAGGUAUUGAUUUAGAUCAAGUCUGUACCAUUCAAUUUUUUCCCGUUAUAGAGCUGCCAGUGGAGGACCAUCACUGUAAAUACUCAAUGUCUUUGUAUUAUUUCUGUGUUGUUUUGAGUCUUAUUUUCAAAGUAUUGUAAAUAAAAAAGUGUACUCUG